UCUCAGGUGGACAUGGCCUGCAGAGGCCACACUCGACCCAAGGGACUGACCUGGACCCUAGGACUGAUCCUCGCAUGGAUCCUGCUGGGAGCCUGUGGAGGAAGCCGCCCACUCCCAGCUAUGUCCCGGAGACAUCAUAGGCUGGUGGCCGAUCUUGGCACAGGUCAGCUGCACCUUGCAGGGUCCUGUUGUCCCUCAGAGAUGGACACGCCAGAGGCAUCGGACCCUGGGAUGGUCCCAGAACGCUGUGGGGACCCGAGCCCCGGGUGCGAAUCCUUUCUGGGACACCUCCAAGUUGCCCUCCACAGUCGCUUCCGCCUGCUCUUACUGGGGAUACGCCAAGAGCAGCCGCUCUGCUCCGAGCUCUGCGAUGUCUGGUUUGCCACCUGCGAAAACGAUAUUACCUGCGGCCCGACUUGGCUCUCACUUCUAGAAAAGAGGGACUGUGAGCCUGGCUGCACUACCUAUGAGCAGACCUUCGCUGACGGGGCGGACCUUUGCCGCUCAGUUCUGGGCUACGCGCUGCCGGUGGCAGCUCCUGGCGCCGGUCACUGCCUCAACAUUUCCAUCUCGGUACUGCCGGGUUCCAGACAGGAACGGAAGGCCCGGGAAAUCACCUUCCCGCGUUUCCGCCUUUCACGCACCUGGAUCCUGGAUGCUGCGGGCAGCGGGAGUGGCAGUGGAGGCGGCAGCGGCCCCUAGGGGGGCGCGGGGCCUUGGAUGUGAGAUGAGCCCCUUCCCCUGACCCGGCCCCUCAAGACACCCAGAGCUCCACCUCUCUCCCGCUCUGUUCUAGUUUCGAGUCCUGUCCCGCUUCCCUGCAGUCCCGGAGACUCGCCCUUCUCCAGGUGACCAAAGAAAUAAUCCAACUCUAGCUCAUCUUCCCCUCUCGCCCCGAAUAAAGUCGCCAACUAGA